CGCUGAUAAGACCUUAUUCUAAUCACACGUCACCUGGCAUCGAUAUAGUCGUGCGCGGACUUUUUACGCGAUUUCUCACGCUCCAUCUGACGCAAUUCCUUCGGUCCUUCGGUCCUUCGGUCUUUCGGUCCUUCGAUCAACGACGUAUUCGCACGCAUUUUGUCCUGACUGGUCUCGUUUCUCUUUCACUCUCUGUCUCUCUUUCUUCCUUCCUCUUUACCACGUCCGUUUCGCGUGUAUGAAACUGACGCAGCUGGUGGCACCUUGAUGCAGCGGAUCGCGCGACCCGAUCCAGGAAUUUUCCCGGAUCUUUGGAUCGGCCGAUCGAACACGUCAGCUCGCCCCUAACUCUCUCUUUGCUGCAUCGAACGCAUACGUAAUUACCUUCGCUCGCGCGAUUAUAUCCGCGCGAUCCCUCGAUAGUCACGUACGAUUUGUUCGUAUCACGCUGGAUACGUGCUCACUGCUCAGCCACGAGAUGUACCGGAGUAACUUAGCCACAUCCCGUGCUCCGAUAUACGAUUCGAUGCCGGCAAAGAUACCGCAAAAAAACCGUGAUUCGUCGAUUUUCGUACCGAUCGGCUUCUCGUGUUGGCAGCUUGGAACCGCGGCAAUUGGCUUCCGCGGCGAUGGAUCGGCAAUCGAUUCCGUUCCUUGUAUCGUUUAGUCCGCUUCCGACGUUCGGCUACUAACGUUGCUGGCGCUCGGUCGCGCGCGUAUGCUACCAAUCGGCCACGUGUUUUCUCCUACUCGUGCCACGAACAACGUUCGAUCGUGGAUAAAACGUAGAGUGUGUUUCUAACGAUUCGUUUCUUGCCAUUGCGUGUAAAUGUGACACUGUUAGACGCCACUGAGGAAGGCUGUUGCACUGGAUCUGCCGAAGGUCGAAUAUCGAUACCGGACGCGGACAGGAGAAAUUAGGUGAACCGCUCGAGACAGACUUUUUGUUUUUCUCGCCGUGCUCGCGUAGAGAUCGUGUAAGUUCACGUGUACGGAGGAAAAGAACUCGGUCCGCAGUCCACAACAAGAAUUUCGAUGUUACGUAACGGAGAAAUAGAAUGAACGAGCGUUCAACGGGUGACACUCUUUUUGUGAACUCGAUAAACACCACGUGUCAGAUCGUUGACAUUGAGGAACAGAUUUUGUGUGAAGUUUAUGAUUAAGUUCGACCAGAGAGUACGAGUUCCUCGAAUAGGAAAGGCCAGAGAAUCGUUUAGUGAAAGCGAGAGCGGCGCUAAGUGUUUGUGAAAUCGUGAAACUGCGACACCACGUGUGUGACAUCUAUUACUUGACUUAUGAUAGGUGGAUCGUAAAAUUUACCGUUUCCUUUCUGCUAUGACUAGAACGACAAGAUUUCUCGACACACUAGUGCGGCUUUCAUAGAAAAUCUUGUGAUAUUGGCCGAUAUAGGGAGGGCAUUGCGCUUCCUCUUCGAUGCAAUUUGUUGGAUUAAUGGCAAGUUGUACGUUCUAUAUAAAAUUGACAUCGGCAGGGAAUGUUAACACGGUGUAAGAAGAAGAGGAAGAAGAAGCAGGCAUUCAGGAAAAUUUAUUUCAAUGCGGAACACACGAACCAGUACAGCUUAUACGCACGGCUGACCUCGAUAGGGCUUUCGCUCGUGUCUAAGGAAGAAUGAAAAGGAAACGAAGGAGCCGAAGGAAACGAGAACUGGUGCGUGCCGUAGCUGAUCCUACAGCAGUCGCGCGUUUGCGAAGCGCGGCGUGAAAAGAAACUGAGAAAGAAGGAGGAGACCGAGUUUCCGUUAGCAAAAAGAGGAGGGAAACUGAGAUCGGAUCGAAGGGAAAGAGACGGGACAAGGGUGGAAGAGACGUCGGAAGAAAGCGCGGUGGAAGGCGGAGGAAGGCAAAGGAAGACUGUGUAAAAUAUAAGGUAAGAGAAGCAAAUAGGUCGGAACGGGACGAGAGAGAAACGAUCGAAGCAGGAUCGGGAAUCGACGACGAGCGCAGCGACAAGGAAGACGAGGUGGAGGAAUCGUGACACGGGCGCGUGUGCAACAGGCGAUUUCUGAGCGAUUUAUCUUGCCAGGUUUGCAGGUGUUCGCGUGCGUCCUUCGCGGCCUUGUUAACGGGCUUCCUCUUUCUCUAGCCCGCCCCGGAUAGGCUUUUAUCGUUCCUCUACCGGCGACCUUCCUAAAGACACACCGUGCCGUGAAAUAAUAGCACGGUUCAAAAUAGACGGAAAUCAGAGGUCAGAUUCGAGAAGCAGGAAAAGAAGAGGAAUAGAGAGCGAAAGAGCGAUGUUGCUAAUCGCAAGAGGCGAGUGACGUCUCCGUGGAAUUCCAGGGAAUCGGAGGAAAGCGCGGUGACGUACGAACUGGUGCGAAAGAGGAAGGAUCGGAGAAAGAACGAGGGAAGAAAGGGCGAGGAGGAGGAGGACGACGACGAGGAGGAGGAGGUGGAGGAAGAAGAAGAGCAGGAGGAGGAGGAGGAGGAAGAAGAAGAAGAAGAAGAAGAAGAAGAAGGAGAAGCAAAAGUUGAAGCAAAAGAGGUAUUACGAAAAAAGGCGAGGACAAGAAAGAAGGAAUACAAGGAGAGACAGAAAGAGAUAGGGGAGUAAAUGCAGUGAAAGAAGGAAAGGAAGGUGAGGAAGGCGGUGAAAAGAAAGAGCACAGGUAGACAGGUAGAACGUAAGAGGGAGAUAGGAGCGAAGUAAGAGAAGGAAUAAGAGGCGGUAUAAGGGAAGAGGAGGAGGGGAGUAGCGCGAAAGAAGAGAGGGAGAAGAAGAGGCGCGUGGUGGUCGUGAUGGUGAGGUAGUGGACGAGAGCGAGCGAGCAUCCAGAUCUGUCGCGUGCUGCGUCGCUCUGGGAUGGGACGGAAUCGGGACGACACGGUACGAAGCAGAACGGGACGAAACGGGACGACGGCUACUACUACAACUACGAGGACGGGAUGGGAUGGAUGCUGCGGGCCCGUGUGAGUAGCGAGUCGAGUCGAUCCCCGCGCGCUGGUAUUGGUUUCACUCUCGGCUGCUGCCGGCCCGUGUGCUGGUGUGUCGAUCUCUCUACGAGAGCGAACCGAGGAGCGUGCCCGAACCGAGCCGGAGAAGAGAACCGCGCCACUCGUUCAGUAGUUUCUCGGACGCCGCACCGCCACCAUCCGACCUGCCAGAUAACCCCGUCGACUUUACCGGACUACCCCCGACCUCCUAAUAAUAACGACACGAACCACGACAUCGCGCGACAAACAUUCGAUCGUUCGGUUUGACGAAUCGCCAACCAUCCGAAUCAAACAGAGCGACGAUUCGUCCGUUUCCAUACGUCAGCAAAUUUUCCAACUAACUUUGGUGUUUACCGCGAUCGUCGUCGUCGUCGUCGUCGUCGUCGUCGUCGUCGUCGUCGUCGUAGUCGCCGUCGUCGUCGUCGUCGUCGUCGUCGUCGUCGUCGUCGUCGUCGUCGUCGCCGUCGUCGUUGUCGUGGUCGUUUGCCGCAUCUCGCUUCUCCCGAUGUGAGUCGUGAAUCGCAAGACAGAAAAAUCGGCGAGUAGCGCACGCGGUGGUGGAAAAUCGUGGUGGAUCCUUGGAACGACGAUCGGUCACGAGGGAUUCGAAAGUUAUCGCGACUCAUGGUCGCGCGGCAACUCUCCACUGGCGGAUCCACUUUGGCUUUUUCGUUUUCGUCGCUUUAAGUUCGCGUAAAGUAACCGGUGUGGCGUGGUCCAGUGUCACACGCACGGAGGUCGUUAGCUGUUUUCCUUUUACCCUCGCGUCGCUUUUUGCGCGCAUCGCGUUCCGUUCGAUUGUUUGUCAAAGCAAACCGGGAAGUAGAAGAAUCGCGGUGUGAUAGCGGGUCUUGCCAGGUGUUUGCUCGCGGUGCGUGCGACGAACGUGCGUGCUCGUGGCGAACAACGCGACACGUAUCGGUCGUGCUGUUACUCGUGUGUAGUGUGCACGAGCCAACUUUCGCGAACGUAAUUAUACGUUGCACCGAUUCUUCGGAGUGGUGAGAAGCAGAAGAAGAAGCAAAAGAAGAAGAAGAAGAAGAAGCAGGAGAAAGAGGAGGAGGAGGAGGAGUAGUAGGAGGAAAAGAAGUAAGAGAAGGAGGCGAAGAAGAGGAAAAGGAAGAAGAAAGGGGAGAAGAAAAAAAGUAGCAUCUAGUAGCGAUGACAUUAGCGGUGAUAUCUCAUUCCUGACCGAAAGAAGAGUAUUUCGCGAGAAAGAAGUACGCGCGUGAUUACGACCCUUGGCGACUCCGGAAGGAUACGCUCUCCCACGGCAGCCAGGGGGAGGGAGAGCCGUCGAGCGAAAGAGAAACGGUGAUAUAGAAGAAGACAGAGAAAGAGGGGGAGGAAGAGGAAGAAGAGGAGGUGGUGGUGGAGCUGUGGUAGAGAGGGAGGAAGAAAGAGAGAGAGAAACCCGUUAAGGCGGUACGAGUAACGUGUCGGUGGAAGUUCUUGCGAUUGAUAGAGGGACUAAGAGAGAGGGAUAGAGCCAAGUCGACGAAGGUAAUCGGUAGCAUCAACCUGCGUGCCUCGACAAAACCGAUUAAAGACGAGCGAGCAACGAUCCUUUCGCCUGCUUUGUCGCUAAUUCAGUGUCGUCGUUCGCCUUUUCGUUCGGUUACCGGCUGCACGACCGAUCUUCAGCCAGGAUCAUUCGCAGUGUAACGAGUACCCUCGGCGAUAUCGGGCACAGGAAGCCUCGACGAUCUAGUCGGUCGUUUGCAUUCAGGAUCCAUCGCACGUCGCCUCGAUGCUACCUCGUAAACCAAUUCCGUGGUUCCCUAUCUUCGCGAACAAGCCGUUCUGACUGGCGCGCGUCGUCGAUCUUCCGGUUCGCGUUGACGAGCCACACGGAUCGUCCGUCGACGAGAUCGAGUCCUCGUCGAUCAGUUCGUGGAGGAUCGGUGUUGGCCGCGGUAGAAUCGCAGCCACGGGGGUCCGCAAUAAUGCGAGAGUAUCGGAAACGCGGUAAAUGGACGAUAACGGCGGGCCAGUUGCUGCUACAUCUUCAGUGUUCCGAGAGAAUCUUGUUCCAGCGGUGGUUGUGUCCGAGGCAAAAGUAAACCAACGAGGAUGAGGUGGACUUGCAUCGUGGAGCUGAAUUUUCUACGCUCGUGUGAUUCCCUCUACGACCCGUCGUACGAAUUGCGUGCCGUGUUUUUGAUUUAAUCCAUCGAACGACGAUAACGACCACUACGACGAUAACGAACGAGCAGAAAUUUCAAGACGCAAACGAAUCUAGGAAAAGCAAACGAAUUAUCGAAGGAAAGAAAAUAGGAAGAAGAAGAAGAAGAAGAAGAAGAAGAAGAAGAAGAAGAAGAAGAAAAAGAAGAGAAACGAGAAAGAAGAAGGAAAAAAGAAGAAAAAAAGAAAGGGAAAGUGAAAGAGAUAUUAAGAUAAAAGAGUGAAGAAAGUGGCGUGUAGAUAAGAAGGAGGGCUCGGAAAGGAGUGUGGAUGAGACCGUCAUGCCCGCUGAGAUCGACACGGGCGGGCCAAGGGUGCUGCACUGUGAUUACCGUGCCGACUGCCCGAUACCAAUCGUAGCGUCAGUUUCCACCGAGUCUUCCUUGUGCGGCGAGAAUAGAGUUGUCGGAACGUUGACGAUCGUACGCCGACUUCCGCGGAUCGACGAAAACCAAUCGCUCGAUAGCAAAGCCCUCGAGUCUCGUCGUUGCUUUGGUUUCUCCUUUCGUCGAACCGGUGACACAUCGUCGUCCAGCCGUUCCGGAUUCCGAGGAUUUCGACGAGCGGAGCCGCGUAACAUCGCGUUCGACGAUGUUUCCAAUCGUCAUCGGCAGCCGUCGAACGACGCGCUGUCGUGUACGAUUCGACGCGAGAACGUGCAUUAUCGUGAAAAUAGUUUCUAUCCGGUGCAACCGGAAUCGCGACUCGGCGAUGCGAUCGUCGUGGACCGGUCGCCGAUCGACCAAGAGGCGAUAACGGAGACACGAUCGGGACAAGACGAGUAUUCGGUAGAACGCGAAACGAACCGGAGACUCGAUUCGACCAGGCUUCCGGUGCCUUCGAGCAAACACGAAAACGAUACGGGUCAUAGUCGACAUCGGAAUCGGCACCGAAGUCACGAACGAGAAGGCGAAGAAGAAGCCAGCCGCUGCUCGAAACGUUGCGGCCUGUCAACCGCGACUCGCAAUUGGCCGCGGUAUCGCCUCGCGAGCCAUGUCCCAAUAGGGAAGUCAGCAGCGCGGUUCUCUAGUCAGUCGAACGACCCUUCGAGAUCGGGCGAUCGGACGAGAUACGAGAAGUUCGUAUCGGUGCCGAGCGCGCUCCCGUCCUUGGCCGAUGAAACGUGGAAGGAAGUGGUGGACGACGCGACGAAUUCCUGGAGUAGCGAGUCGCGCGUCACCAAGGUCGUGGCGAGUACCGAUGGCCAGUGCCGGCAGACCGACUUUCCUUCGUUCGAUCACCAGGAGUCCUUGACGAGAAGUGACCGUGGAACGAGGAAGAAGAAACGCGUGUGCUCUAACAACCGUUCAACGUACAUUCAGUUAGCGUUACUGUUGUUCCUCGUCGCGUUCGGACAGUGCGGACUUCGUAAAUCAAGUGUGGUUAACUACAGUGCGAAACCGAGUACAACCGGGUUGAGUGUGUUGACGAUUGGUACAGUUAUCAGUGCAGUGAGUGCCGCCCCGGUUGAUUUAAUGGGUGACGCCGGCGUGAGGGCAGAACGAUCGGCCAAUUUGUCGCACAUCACUGGCGCUUCCCGGAAAAUCCAGAUGUACAUCAAGAAUCGGCAUUUGCAGAUCCUGCCAGAUGGCACGGUAAACGGUUCCAACGACGAUACUUCGGAUUACACGAUAUUUCAACGAACGUCUGUAUCCAGGGGUCAACUGAGGAUCCAAGGUGUUGCGACCUGUCUGUACCUGUGCAUGGAUUCCUGUGGUCUUCUGUACGGCUCGCGCGAGUACACGGACGACUGCGUGUUCAACGAGACAUUGGAACAGCACAAUUACAACACCUACAGCUCGGCGAAAUGGUCGACAGCAAAGAAAACCUUGUACCUCGGAUUGAACCGUCGUGGCCAGCCGAGGAGGGUACAGGCCAAGGGUCACAAUUUGGGUAGACUGUCCGCCUACGCGCGGGUAUUAACUCAGGUCGCUCCUUCGGACCGAGUGGAGGCUCUUCAAAGACGACUGUUGGGAGCUCAACACAACGUUCGUCAUCGGCAUAACAGUCAUCGCGGCGAUUUGAUUCAGCAAUCGCUCUGUCCCACUCUUCCGGUACAGGAAAAGGAUGGCAGAGAUAAAUUCAGGUGUCGCAAGCGAAAAAAGAGAAAGAAGAGGAAGCGAAGGUGCAGGCCAGGCGAGAUGCCAGGUCCACAGUGCCAAAUGGUGGAGGAGAGCGGGAAGGGUGUGGUAGUUUCGGGCAGAAACGAGAGCCUAGCUUCGAACGGGACUUCGUUAGAGUCGAAGAGAUCCUGCGAGGGUGCUGCGAGCGAGGAAGCCUGUCGAAGAGAGGCACUCUCGGUUCCAUCUAAGAAACGGAAGCUACGGGUCGACCAGACCAGAGGAGGAAUAUCGUCGGCUGGCGGCAGGAACAUCGCUACGGGCAGAAACGUGGACACGAACAGGAACGUCACCGUGAGCAAAGUGGUCGCUGGAAGUAGGAACGUCACCGCGAGCAACAACGGUGAGAGAAAAGCACCAGCGUCAAAAUCAAAAAAAGUAAAAGCUGCUGGCAGCAUGAGUCAAAGUAAAAAGCCCAAUUUGACAGAUGGGAAGAGAAAGAGGAAGAAGGGGCCAGCAGCGGCAACGGCAGCGGCAGCGGCGGCGGCGGCGGCAGCGGGGAGGAGGAACUCUACGGUACCUCUGGUCCGGAAGAGAUUCAAGCCUGGCAAAGUGGACACCACGUCUGCGGUGCCCGCGACAACUCUCGCAUCGACCUCCGUAACGCCCUCCUCCUCCUGGUCGUCUCCUGGUACGUCAAUCGCCCCUUGAGGGGAGGAAGUCUCGUCUAGGCGCAGGACCAAGCCGUCUUCCUCGUCGAGGAACGUGUCCGUUGGUUCGAAUGGUACCGUGAGUCCUUCUAGAAUAAAGAGAGCGUUCGGUGGAAAUCGCACGGAAACGAUAAAUCGGGUCGCUUUUUACAGCGUCGCAGCUCGAAACAAUCGGCGGUGACCGUGAACGUUCCUGAGAUCGUUUUCGAUCGAUAUUCUCCGAAAUUCGAGCCCGUCUUACCGUGCAACUGUCCCGGACGAAGGAUACCUCGAGAUCGUUGUCCAAAUUCUUACGCUAUGGCCACGACGGACGAGCGUUCCGACCGACUGCCGUUUCCAACGAAUAAUACGUUGGAGCAAUCGAUAUCGCUAGAUAAUCGAGAAGAGGCUGUUCUACGCGCGAACAUAAAUGUUGAAAAUGUAUAAUAAAGUUUCAAAGUAUGAAUUUUCAGCAAAUACGCGGCUUAAAUUUUCAGACUCUAUCUUUUCUUCGCAACGUAGCCUUAAACGAAAAUGCGUAGAUUCUUGCGAGCAUAUACGUUUCGAUCAUCGGAUAUUUUAUUUCUCAGAAUGACAAUUCGAACGGAACACGAAUCCAUCGUAACGAUAUCCUUGCCCGUCGACGACG